AUGGCCGAGACAAUUGUCCAGGGCUUCAAAGGUAUUCCUAUAGCAGACUAUGACGGCAUGAACAACCCUUCUGAUGAGAACAAGGCUCGUCACAGAAGGGCGUUUCAACAGGAGCUCGAUAAUGGCGCAAUCGUUGUAGAAGCCGUCAACCACGAUGCCUUCGCAGUGUGGUAUCCACCAGACUACAAGAGGAUACGCACAGGCGACGAUGAGAAGGACGAGCGUCCCAAUGCUCAAGAGAUCAGAGACUUCUUCGACCUGAUGCACAGAUACGAGAGUGAAGCCGAGCACAAACAUGGGCUGAAAGAUGUCCCACACUGGCACUUGCACUUCCUCUGCAAACGUCCCACUGGUGACACCAAAGCCAGCGAUCUGGUGAGACCGGUCCUUGAAGUUGCUUCACACCAAGGCAAGCGUACUGUGCUGGUGUGUGUCAAUGAGAAGGCUCUGCCAGUGUACAGACACUGGGGGUUUGAAGUGAAGGAAACCAUCCAAAUGCCGCACGACAUUGUGAUCUGGUACAUGGUUAGGGAUCCAUGA